AUGGAUAAAUUAAACAUUGUAAUGAACUCCAUUAUCUUUACCCAAGAUAUAAACAAUUCUACAAAAACUGAGGAUGUAUUUGGUGAUAAACUGCACAAUUUUGUUAAGCAAGACCAAGGAAAGGUUAUCUUUUCAGGAAGCCUUGCUGAGGGAAUAGCAUUUAUGCAAGAUGAGCCCCUUGAUAUAGAAAUCAAUUAUGAUGGACUUAAUCGCAGAAGAACAUUUGACAUGGACAUUAUGUAUGAGGACAUGACAUAUGUUGUUCUGGAUGAUAUUAUGAUCGGUAAACCUAAGGAGUCUUUUCGUGAUAUAGGCUUGGUGCCACUAUUUUUCAGACAAAAAUCUCAAGAAAACCUAAUGAUCGUAUACAUCAAUAUGGCUGUAUCCCAGAAAAUAUUUUUUAAGAUCACAAAUGGUAAAAUGAAAUUUGAUGGGCAAAAGCUUAUUGAAUUCCAAAAGUUGGAACCAUUUGACUUUACAAGAUCGACAGAAAAUCUUAUGGCAGUCCCCAAGAAUUCCCAUUAUUAUUUGGCAAAAUUUUUGGAGAAACUUUCCGUGAUUCCUGAAAAAUGUUUUUGCCACUUUGAGCAUGGACAUAAUCGUUAUGGCGAUCUUUGCCGUUGUUGCAAAAAUAACAGUGAUGUAAAGUUUUCAGAGAAUGACAUUACAACCCGUUGUUGGACAGAUCAGAGACGUAUACACGGACCUGCUGUAAAUGAAGCUGUAUUUAUUGAGAAUAAUUUGGAAACUAAUAAAUCUAAGAAUGCCCAUGGGCUUUACACAACUCUAGGAAAAGCAUCCGUUUACAUUGAUCAUGUGCCAGCAAUUUCUGUCUAUCUAUGGCCAGUGGAUGGAUUAGAAUUUUUUUUCCGUAAAACAUCGAGCGGAUGGCCAUGUAAGAAACUAUUACAAAAGAUUGUUUCAUCUGGAUGUCAUGUGGUUCCUCGAGGAUCUCUUCCUGUACCCGAAACCAAAUUCAAAAUGUAUUUGUCUAUGUUUCAUAGAGCAUCAGGAUGUGUUGAGUGGAGCUGGUCAUUUUCAGUAGCCGAGAAACAGCUUGUAUGGAGCUUAAAUAGAACACAAAUAAGAUGCUUUCUUUUCCUGAAAUAUUUGUACAAGUAUUCAGAAAAAUGUUAUUCAGUUAUGAAGGACUUAGAAUACAAGGAUGCAUUGGAGUCAUUUCACAUGAAAUGUACCAUGUUUUGGCUUUGUGAAGAAGUAGAACAAUCUGAAUGGAUGAGAGAGAAUGAAGCGAAGUGUUUUAUGAAACUUAUAGACAAGCUGUUAGGGUAUCUCAAGAAUGGGGUCCUGCCUCAUUACUUCAUACAAGAACAUAAUGUGCUACAUGAUAUGUCUGCUGUAGGGAGGGAGAUAAAUAUCAAAGCAUUGACGUCUAUCAAGGAAUCUACAUGUGCUGUGCUCUGUUAUGCAUUCCACCACAGAUACACAGACAUGCUUUAUCAACAGUGGCCCCAUCUAUGGAUCAGUCUACGUGACAAUGUAUUAAAAACUGUCUUAAACAAGUCCAGUACAAUAUGUGAAGACAGGCCCGUAAGACACUUUUUUCCAAGGGGGGUGCGGUUUUUAGCUUACUAAAGAGAAUAUAAAAUUGUCAUUUUUUUGCCGCGUAAUCAAAUCGCGUAAGACAGAGGGGGGGGGGGUCAGUUACUCCCUAUAUUGGUUUGGAAUUAACAAAUGCAACUUCCAAACGUUCCAAUUGUUUCGUGGGGGGUAUGAGGAGUGGUCCACUCCCCCUAGAAAAUUUUACAGUUUUGAGAUGCUAUUUGGUGCUUUCUGGGCACUUUCAAUGUGUAAGUUUCUAAGUAGUACGCCACCACCACGGGAAUAAGAGUUGAGUGAAUAAAAAACUGAGCAUUCAGGGCCUAGGGGGUCUGGGGGUUCUCCCCCCAGGAAAAUUUUGAAAUUUGGUUGUAUUUGGAGCGAAUUUGCAACCAUCUGGUACGCCUGUGCGAUAUGAGUCAAUAAGAAAAAUGUGAAUUUUUUUUUCAAAUUCUUUUAGGGGUGUCAAAGAGGAUGAGAGGGUGAAGUGGGGUGGGGUGCCAGUAGGGGCGCAAGGG